UCUUGUGGUGCACGUGUAGUAGUACCUAACAAUAAUUAAUAGUAUUGAGUAGAGAGGAUACUGACAAUGAAAAAUGGCCAUCUAUGCUUCCGACUUUUCUUUUUCUUCCUCCGUAGGAUCGUGGAUAAUCCUCAUAAAAUCCCACCAUUGUGGUCCAUACAAAUAGUACAACACUCCAAAAGUCGCGCCGCUCAAAUGCGCAUAAUAUCUUCCAACCACGCAAUAUACCAAUAGCGUCCAAGGCUAUAAUAGCACCCACACCUGACUGGAUAGGAAUCGCAAAGAACGGGAGGAAUAUGAGGCUGAUACUAGCAUCAGGGAAUGCCAGUGCGCUGAGUGUGACAGCUGCGUAAAUGGCGCCUGAAGCCCCUAAAGAGAGAAUCUCCUUUGCCGUCGUACCAGCAGCGGAUUUGGCAACUGUUCCACCCGCCAGAGUGCCACUAGGUUUCGAGAGUUGCGAUACUAGGCGCGGGUAUAAUACCUUGGUAGACACAGCGUGGCUAGCCAGACCGGAGAAAAGGCCAGCUUAAUGAGGAGUGUAUAAGUAAAUUAUGAUUGUAC